AUGGCGCCCAGAACCCUCUACGAAAAGAUCUUCGACUCCCACCUCGUCCACGAGGAAGCCGAUGGCACAUGCCUCAUCUACAUCGAUCGACACUUGGUGCACGAAGUCACCUCGCCACAGGCAUUCGAAGGCCUUCGCAAUGCAAACCGCAAAGUCCGUCGAACCGACUGCACUCUCGCCACUGUCGAUCACAAUAUCCCUACCGCCUCCCGUAAGGCAUACAAGGACACUAAGUCGUUCGUCGAGCAGGCUGAUUCUCGAACUCAGUGUCUCACCUUGGAGGAAAAUGUCAAGGCUUUCGGUCUGACAUUCUUUGGUCUCUCUGACGACCGUCAGGGUAUUGUCCACAUCAUUGGUCCCGAGCAGGGCUUCACUCUGCCUGGUGCGACGAUCGUUUGUGGCGACUCGCACACUUCGACUCACGGUGCAUUCGGUGCGCUUGCUUUCGGUAUCGGUACCUCGGAGGUAGAACACGUUCUUGCUACCCAGACUAUCCUGCAGAAGCGCGCGAAGAACAUGCUCAUCCAAGUCGACGGCGAGCUUUCGGAAGGCGUCACGUCUAAGGAUAUCAUCCUUCACAUCAUUGGUAUCAUCGGUACCGCUGGUGGUACAGGCCAUGUCAUCGAAUUUGCCGGAUCCACCAUCCGUUCGCUCUCGAUGGAAGCCCGUAUGUCAAUCUGCAACAUGUCCAUCGAAGCCGGUGCUCGUGCAGGUCUCAUCACUCCUGACGAAAUCACCUACGAGUACAUCAAGGGCCGCCCUCUCGCUCCUAAGCAAGGCAAAGCAUGGGACGAAGCCGUCGCAUACUGGAAAUCUCUUCCCUCCGACGAAGGCGCACAGUACGACACCGUCAUCAAAAUCGACGCUAAAGACAUUCCCCCUACUGUAACCUGGGGUACCUCUCCACAGGACGUCGUCGCAAUCACCGGCAGCGUCCCCGACCCUAAGAACGCCAAAAAUGACGCUGAAGCCAAAGCCUGGACCCGCGCACUCGAAUACAUGGGCCUCGAACCCAACACUCCCAUGGAAAAGAUCAAGAUCGAUAAAGUUUUCAUCGGGUCUUGCACAAACGCUCGUAUUGAAGAUCUCCGAGCUGCUGCUCGCGUUCUGCACGGACGAAAGGUCGCAGAGGGAUUGUACUGCAUGCUCGUCCCCGGUUCCGGUUUGGUUAAGAAGCAAGCAGAGGCGGAAGGAUUGGAUAAGAUCUUCCAAGCUGCCGGUUUCGACUGGAGAGAGGCUGGGUGUUCGAUGUGUUUGGGCAUGAAUCCCGACCAACUCGCUCCUGGUGAGAGGUGCGCUUCGACUUCCAACCGUAACUUUGAAGGUCGACAGGGUGCGGGUGGUAGGACCCAUUUGAUGUCCCCCGCUAUGGCUGCUGCAUGUGCUGUUACCGGAUACCUCACCGAUGUUAGGAAGGUUGUGGGUGGCAGUGCGGCUAAGGUCGGAAGCGAGGCUGGUAAGCCCGAAUUCGAGAUCCAGGUUAGCGACGCAAAGUCGUACCUGAUCGACGCAACUCCCGCUCCAGCAGCCACCGCACCGGAGAACACGGACGAGGAUAAGAUCCGUGACAUUCCCCCUUCCCAAACCUCCACUACUGGAGGAGGAAUGGAGAAGUUCACCUCACUCACCGGCAUCGUUGCCCCUCUGGAACGAUCGAAUGUCGACACCGAUCUUAUUAUCCCCAAACAGUUCCUUAAGACCAUCAAACGUACCGGUCUUGGUUCAGCUCUCUUCUGGCCCAUUCGAUACGAUCCUAAGACCGGCGAACCCGACCCGUCCUUCAUCUUGAACCAGUCGCCUUACGAUCAGGCAAAGAUUUUGGUUGUUACUGGUCCUAACUUCGGUUGUGGUUCGUCUCGUGAGCACGCCGCAUGGUCUUUGCUCGAUUUCGGUAUUCGAGCAGUCAUCGCCGAGUCUUUCGGAGACAUCUUCCGCAACAACCUCACUAAGAACGGUCAGUUGCCUGUAAUCCUCACCAAACCGCAGAUCGAGCGUCUUACCGUUGAUGCUAAGGCAGGGAAAGAGAUUACCGUCGACCUCGAAAAUCAAGUCGUAAUUACCGCUGAUGGGAGUGAAAAGUUCCCAUUCGAAACUCCCGAAUUCACACGUCACUGCCUUAUCAACGGUCUGGACGAUAUCGCUUUGACGCUGCAGAAGGAUGCAAAGAUCGCAGAUUUCGAGAAGAAGCGCAGUGUCGAGACGCCUUGGUUGGAUGGAUUUGGAUACCAGGGUGUAGGUGGAAAGAUUGCCGGGGUGGUGGAUGCUGCGAAGCAGUUUGCUCAGAAAGUUGCUGGUACUGACUGGUAA